AUGAAGCUUCUGGUGAGUGUGAUCUUUUUUUUUUGUUUUCAUUUUGUUCUUAUUCUUUCAGAUUAUUUGUAUUGCUAUGGCAUUGUUCUUGUGUGAUUUUGCUGAUGCAAAAUUGAUUGGGAAAAGUGAUUCUGAAUCUGAAAAUUCCAAUGAGUAUUGGUGUGGCACUGCUCGUUUGCGAAAGUUAGAAGAAGAGAGAAGGGCACUCAACGAUGCUUUGCAAAAAUUCCAUGAAAAAAGUAUGGGUUAA